AUGAAAGGGGUAGCAGCGCCCCGAAGACUCUUCGACGUGUUUUAUUUCAAUACUGAAAUGGAGAUGCUCGACAUCCGUCUGAUGACUCUCUGGAAUGUCGUGGACUAUUUCGUCAUAAUGGAAGCAGGAUUCACAUAUACGGGAAAGGACAAACCCUUUAUCUUUGGAGAAAUGAAGGACAAUCGAUACAGUGCAUUCAAGAGUAAGAUAAUUCACAUUCCCGUAGCCAACAUGGAUACGCCGGUAGACGAUGGAUUGCCGGAUAUACCCGCAAGUGGGGCCAGCAAUGAUUGGAAGCGUGAAAACGCCGUUCGCGAUUACCUUCUCCGACAAGGCUUGAAAGCUGCGAGCCCUGCCGAUGGCGACAUUGUUGUGGUAUCGGAUCUGGAUGAGAUACCGCGCCCGGACUAUUUGCAGACUCUUAAGACUUGUCAUGGUUGGGAAACCGUUUCCAAGCGCAAGGACAGGAUUUGCAUGAAAAGCGACAUGUUCUACUACAAUUUUGAAUGGAUGCAGCCACAUACGGCGUGGUGGCACCCUGACGUAUACGUGUGGAAGGGGGACGGAACCAUUCGAGGUACCUCCCGAUGGGAGGGACAUCAAUCCACCGAGGACAUUGCAUGCAUAGAUCAUGCCGCGUGGCAUUGCUCAUAUUGCUUUCCCACCAUGGACUACUUGAUUGACAAACUCGGGUCCUUUUCUCAUCAGGAAAUGAACACUGAGCGCAAUCGCAGUCCGCGUUGGAUUCUCGGUAGCAUGCUAUCGGGCCAUAAUGUGUGGGAUGAGGACGGGCAUCCUUCCAAUCAAAAGGUAAGAGAACUCCUGGGGCAAUCGAGUGACAUACACCUUUACUGA